AGAGAGAGAAACAGAAACACGUCAAACGAGUGGCUGUCGGAGGAGCGAGUUUGAACAGUCGAGAAAAAGAACAUGACGACGCCGCAUUUGAAGGUCCUGUUCGUGGGACCGGAGGGCGCGGGAAAGACGUGGCUCGCCAACCAUUUGUGCGACAUGCAGAGUGCGGGUUCGAGUUUGCCACCGACUUUGGGCGUACGCGUACUGGAAUACGACGACUCACACGUGCUGGCUCAGGCCGGCGGAGGUGGGGCGCAAAAUUACGACGACAGCGCGCAGCUCUGGGACGUCAGCUCCAAGUUGCCAGAUAAGUGCUUCACGGCCCUGAAGCGCGACAUCAGCGGGGUUGUGUACGUCUACAAUCCGGAGAUAGCGACGCACACAGAACAGCUGGAAUACUGGUACGACUCCUUCGGGCCAAGAGCACUAGGUUUGCCGCCACAGUGCUUCCUGAUUUGCCAGGUAAAAGAGUCUGUGGUUUCUGUUUCGUUUUCGUUGAUGGUGAGCAAGGAGUUCAUGAUAUUCUUUCGCAGCAACUUUUCCUAGGUAGAUCUACAUGUGACGACACUGCAACUUCUACACUCAGAUGCUAAAGAGCAACAACAUGCGAGACUACGUCGUUCCGCAGAAGAUAUCAUUCGCGAGCAUACAGCAGCCACUUACCAUGACCUGGGAGAACGCAGCAGCGAAGGUACUUGCUUGUUUUUUGUGUUUUUUUUUCGCAUGAGAGUUUACUUCCCCUUCAGAGCCAGUGCAUUUGCAAAAAGACAUCGGGUUGCAUUUUUCACAACACUACAGAUGAAGCCGACUUUCGACAAGUACCUUGCAAAGGUGUACAGGACAGUGCAGGAGAGGCAAAGACAAGAAGAAGAGGACGUGAUGAAGAUGGGAUAA